AUGUCGAGAGACGCAGAAACGGUUUCUCCGAGUGUGGAAUCGAGCUCUCUGUCCACAGGACGGGCAUCAGGCGUGAGUUCGAAUAUGACAUCAGCGUCUGUGCGCAAGGUCACCCCCGAUGCGCCACAGUCCAAGUCCCAAGAAGUAUCUUCGCACGACUAUAAGAAGACGUCAGGGUACAGGUUCUUUGUGCGGUACAUGCCUCGUUUUUCUAUGUUUGAUUCUCUGAGUCGGAAUGAAAUGAACGGCCCAUUUCGAGGUUUCUAUAACUUGUUUUGGAUUUGUCUUGCGUGUGUGGUCUUAUCAGCCUUCACUCAAUCGUUCGAUAAUACUGGUCAGAUUCUGAGUCUCACUCUCGCUACUCUCAUGAGUAAGGAUACACAUGUUCUGGCUCUUAGUGAUGCCAUUUUGGUGGCACAAACAUUCUUGUGUGUGCCCAUGGUGCAUGGGCUCAGGUACUUCCGAAUUACACACCGUUAUAUUAUUUUAACGAUCCUUUUACUGUGGCAUAUAACCACUAUGGUAAAUGUCAUUAUCUGGGCCCGCUUCCGAGAUUGGCCUUGGGUUCAGUCUGGAUUCUUUGUACUUCAUUCUAUCGUGCAAAUGAUGAAAAUCCACAGUUAUGUGGACGUCAAUUCGGCCAUGAAUGAAGAGCACCUAAAGCUCCUCGAUACGGAAAAGCAGCUUCUCGACCGUGUGGUAGAAGUGGAUGGUACAGGUGUGCCAAGUGGCAAAGAAAAGGCCUGGCACAGAGCUGCAGAGCGCACGCUCCAGCAGCUGGACCAACUUUAUCCUGAGCAUACAGCCUACAGUAGGCUGAAAGACGUCUAUUUCAAGUGGGCGGACUUGCGUGUUCAGUCGGGCUGCUCCAAUGAACGCGCACAUGUUUUACUGCCCCUUCUCCGCAACGAUAUUCCUCGCAGUCGAACACCCGUGCCCGAAGACCAGCGCAAAAUGGAUGUGAUGGUUUCUGAUUCAGCUUCCUACCCGCAUCCCAAGCUGGUAAUGGAUUUGCGCGACUUGCACCCCUUCAUCUGGCAUCCAGAUGACAAGGUUCGGUCACUUGCUCAUGACAUUGCCGUCAUUCGAGAGUCUCUUUACGCGGCGUCUGUUCCAGGACAAGGCUUGAGCACAAUGUGGCCACAUAACGUGACCUUGGCUAACUUUUUAGACUUUCAGCUCGUUCCUACGCUGGUUUAUAAGCUGCAGUACCCGCGUCGGAAUGAAAUUCGUCCAUGGUACAUCGCGGAUCGUUGUAUCGCUUUGUUUGGUACAUUCUUGGUAACCUAUGUGAUCACGGUCAAUUGGAUCAUACCUGUCGUGGAGGAUAAGUCGUCGAGCCUUCUAUCUAUCUUCCUGCGUCUGAUGACACCAAUGAUUUCUUGUUACUGUAUUUUGUUUUAUCUCAUGUUUGAAUGCGUGUGUCAAGGGUUUGCCGAGAUAACUCGCUUUGCGGACCGCGAAUUUUACCAGGACUGGUGGAACUCCACCUCCAUGGAUGAAUACGCCAGGAAGUGGAACCGUCCCGUACAUCACUUUCUUCUUCAGCACGUUUACUUUUCCAUGGUGGUUCGAUAUGGAAUGUCCAAGCAGACGGCGUCCACAUUGACGUUCCUCAUCAGUUCGGUCUUUCAUGAGUUGGUGAUGAUCAUUGUGACCGGUAAGAUUCGCGGCUAUUUGUUUGUCUUGCAAAUGAGCCAGAUCCCGUUGAUGUUUAUGGCACGUUUGCAGUUCAUUCGUGCUAGGCCCGUGCUGGGUAAUAUCCUGUUCUGGGCAGGAAUGAUUAUUGGUCUUCCUAUAUUAAACAUCCUAUACAUUGUAUUUUAG